UCAAUGAGAGACAGCGCGAUCGGUCCAAGCAGCCAUCGUCGUUAACCUCGCGAGCUCGCAUCGAAGGCGGCUUCUCCUCCUCCUCCUCCGUCCUUCCCUUCCCCUCUCGAGCCCAAGCCCACCAACCCCAACCCAACCCAACCCCAUCGAGAGGGAGCCGCGUGCGAGGUGCGGCGGCGGGGGAGCCGGGCGGGCGGAGACGGAUAAAUAGGAUGGGCGGCGGCGGGGGCGAGUAGGACGGCGGCGAGCGGCAGCGCGAGGAGGAGGAGGCGGCCGCUGGGGGCACCAUGUCUGCGGUAGUCUGUGGCAAGAGGUCCUCCUCCAUCUUCGCCGACGACCUCCUCCCGCCGUCCCCUCCCUCCCCUCAUCCCCACCACCACCACCACCACCCGGCCAAGCGGUCCCGCUGCUGCUCCCCGCACCGCGCCUUCGACGCCCACCGGCGGGAGGCGAACCUCCACCACCUCAUCUCCUUGUUCCCGGGCAUGGAUCCCCAGUUGCUAGAAGGAGCUCUUGAUGCUUCUGGAGAUGAUUUGGAUUCAGCAAUAAAGAGUUUAAAUGAUCUGCGCUUGGAAUCUACAGAGGCUAUCUUAUCAGCUACUGGUUGCAAAUCUGAAAACGGGCUCCCCACAGCAGUUUACCCAUCUGUUGAAGGUAUAGUUAAUAAUGGUGCUACGGGUACAGCUACUGAACAUCCAUCUGUCGUGGAUAGUUCUCAGACAGGUAAUAGUGGUUCUGAAUGGGUUGAACUAUUUGUCAGAGAGAUGACAAAUGCAUCUGACAUGGACGAUGCGCGGGCUCGUGCCUCAAGAGCUUUAGAAGUUUUGGAGAAGUCCAUUGUGGAGCGUUCAGGAGCUGAUGCAGCACAGAACUUGCAAAAGGAAAAUAUCAUGCUUAAGGAGCAAUUGUCCGUCGUCCUGCGAGAGAAUGCUGUUCUCAAGCGAGCGGUCGCCAUUCAACAUGAGCGCCAAAAGGAGUUUGAUGAGAGGAGCCAGGAGGUUCAAAGUUUGAAGCAACUUGUUUUGCAGUACCAGGAGCAGCUGAGGACCCUAGAGAUAAACAACUAUGCGCUGACGAUGCAUCUGAAGCAAGCUCAGCAGAACAACUCCAUCCCCGGGCACUUCAAUCCUGACGUCUUCUAACUUCUGCUGCAAGACGUUCUCUCCAGAUUAAUAAACUCUGAAGAUCCCAUAUGUUUUUGGUGGUGGGAUACAUCGAGAUUGUUAUGCUACACAGUGACUUGCCUUUAAUCAUGUUCCUUCCAUACAAUCUACAAAUUCACCAAAUUAUACACCGAAUUUUCCAUAAACUCCAGUGUGCACCUCUCCUUUGGGUUCAGAAAUCAGAAUCGAUCAAUGUGUGCUGUCAGAUUUCAGUGAUACAAAUAUAGCA